AUGUAGCACACAGUGAGAAAAGUGAGAGGAGGAGGAAAACACAAGAGAUUGUGAUCUGAUCUCACCGGUAUCCCUCAGAUCUGAGCUACCACCGUCGUAGUCACCGGAGUUCAAUUCAGGCUCCGCCGGUGGGUCGAAUCCGCCAUUACCCGCAAGGCGCAAACCCAUUCAUUCAUUCGUUUCAAACUCUCAAUAAUAAGAGCUUUUGGAAAGUUCAUUUGGUUCGCUUCGAAUUCGAGGGUUUGAUUUGGGGAUUGAAAGCUCGAACUAGCCUUGCUUCAAGCACCAAAAAUGGGAAACCAUGAAAUCAAUGCUGCAUUGUUAUCAAAUUCAUUUCUAGCUGAUAAAUCUGCUAAGGUUUUCGUUGCUGGUCACCGGGGUCUUGUUGGCUCAGCCAUUGUUCGCAGGCUGACCCAACUUGGGUUUACUAAUCUAAUUUUGAGAUCUCAUGCUGAGCUUGAUCUCACGAGCCAAGCUGAUGUUGAAGCCUUCUUUGCCACUACGAAGCCUGAGUUUGUCAUUGUAGCUGCAGCCAAAGUUGGUGGUAUCCAUGCCAACAAUACCUACCCUGCUGAUUUCAUUGCCAUCAAUCUCCAAAUCCAGACCAAUAUCAUUGAUUCUGCUUAUCGCCAUGGUGCUAAGAAGCUUUUGUUUUUGGGUUCCUCUUGCAUUUACCCCAAAUUCGCACCCCAACCUAUCCCAGAAGAUGCUUUGCUUACGGGCCCCUUAGAGCCCACAAACGAAUGGUAUGCGAUUGCCAAGAUUGCUGGGAUCAAAAUGUGCCAGGCUUACAGAAUUCAGUAUAAGUGGGAUGCAAUUUCAGGGAUGCCAACCAACUUAUACGGACCGAAUGACAAUUUUCAUCCUGAGAAUUCACAUGUUUUACCUGCAUUGAUGAGAAGGUUUCAUGAGGCAAAGGUCAAAGGUGCCAAGGAGGUGGUGGUGUGGGGUACAGGGAGUCCACUGAGGGAGUUUUUGCAUGUUGAUGAUUUGGCAGACGCGGUUGUUUUUAUGAUGGAGAAGUACAGUGGAAUUGAGCAUUUGAAUGUAGGGAGUGGAAAGGAAGUUACUAUUAAGGAAUUAGCUGAACUGAUGAAGGAAGUGGUGGGAUUUGAAGGGGAUCUUGUUUGGGAUGCUACUAAGCCUGAUGGGACUCCAAGAAAGCUUAUGGAUAGCUCCAAGCUUGCAGGCCUGGGUUGGACUGCCAAAAUCUCACUCAAGGAUGGGCUUGUUGAUACCUACAAAUGGUAUGUAGAGAACAUCUAGCAUGUUUGACUUUGUAGUUUUUCUUUCCUCAGAAUCAAUUAUGGAAACCAGAAACUACUCACAGAAACUUCUCUCUAUAAAUGAUUCAGACUUUUGAAUCCAUUAUAGAAGAAAUUUCAAACAUGCAUAUCGCCCAUGUAUGAUUCAGCUGGUUAAGUGGAAUGUGCCAUAUCAAAAUUAUAGAUUUAUAGGUACUUUACAUUUCACUUUGAAGAAAUGUUUUUUUGUACUAUAAUAAUUAUCCAUAGAAACAGUAUAUGACCAAUUUCUGUACCAAUUAUGUGGAAUGAAUACUAAAGUGCUAUUUGGGUUCUGUUGGUUUUCUAGAGAAUUCAUGAAAAUCAAGAGCCACCGUUGAAAACAA